ACUCCAACUUUAAAACACUCAUAAGGAAGUUAAAUAUGGGAAACCUUUAAAGGGACUUACGUUCCGAUGGUGACCCGGACCCCUUUGGCGUUUUAUUUAUUAAGUCCGUCUGGUCGCCUUUUUAAUGGAAACGUGUGGCAGGAGACGCGCGCACCGUGUGGUGUUCGCGGUUUUGCUGUUUGCACUAAAUACUGUGAUUGCUGAAACUUUCUCUCCAUAUACGGACUCCGAUAGCCCGUUGAGUAGCGAAACUUUUUCUGCGCGAACAACUGGUUUAAAACACACGACCUCUUGGCCGGAGAGAGAGGCCACUGCCACAGCUGUGGAUCUAUCGAGCGCGACCGGACAGGGGGGCAUUCCCGCCAGUGUGUCGAUAACUGAAACGCAAACUGGACACUCAGGAAAAAUCUCACGCAUCUCAGCAAAUUCUGCGGACUGGACAACUCAAAAAAACUUGGAUGAGUCCACUAUACUGCUGAGAUCCAACAAAGAGCUUACUCAAAAUAGCACAGCCCAAUGGGAGGGUCCAUCAAUAGUAUCCCACAGCAUCAGUUCUUACCCAACCCUCUCAGACAAACAACAGCCUGGGACAGAUGAGUCCACUGAACAGCUGCAAUCCAAAGAACUUACCCAUAAUGCUACUUUCCAAUGGGAGGGUUCAUCAGUUGCAUCCCAUGUCACUAGUUCUUACCAGGCCCUCUCAGAUAAACCCCAGCCUAUGACUGAGUCCCGGACAGUGCAAGACAUUCCUGUAACAGACCUGAGAGAACGUUAUGUGGACACAGUCAGCACUGAUUUGGUCUCUCGCACUGAUAGCACCUACAUCUCUACAACCAGCCGUGUUGGAGAACGCAUCCUGCUCUCUGUGUCCUCAAACAGCACCUCUCCAUACACAGAGAUCUCCAAUGCCUCAGAGGCUGUGUCUCAAACUUUUAACUGGAAAGAGAGGGUAUCAGAGGCCACCCAGGGCAGGGAGCAAACAGAAACUGUAGAAGGUGCAUCUACAGCACCUGAGCAGACUGAGCCCACAUUUGAAGAUCAUAAUCCCACUAAUGCAACUCAGGGCCAGUAUUUAGAGACUGAGGGGUUACUGGUGUCUCAAGGCACGGAGUCACAGAUGGGACAGCCUAGUGUCACAGAACAGAACUUAACAGAGCACCCAAAUUCAACACCCCUUCUCACAGUGAUUAACACUGGGGAGAUGGAUGUCACAUCGGUGAACGGUGGGACGUCUUACACCGAAAGCGAUGACUCUGUGUCCUCAAUUGCUCCUUUUACCCCUGGUGAACACAAUGCCACCAGCACAUCCCUGCAGAACGGUGAGACCACAGUGACUGAUUCUAUGGGCACUGGAGCUUCCACGAAGUUCUCCAACGGAAUGGUCUCCUCCAGUGGCCAUGAGGAACCCAAAGAAACUCCAACCCAUAUGAUGGACGAGACAACCGUUCAGGGCCUGACCACUGCACUCCCAGUGCUUGAGGAUGUAUCCACCACAAUUGAUGACUCGUAUUCCAGGUUUAUUGCUGGACAGCCUCCCUUUUUCCCCGAAACCGAUGAUCCGACCAACACAGAAGUGCUGCCAACAUCUGCCGGGCCAGCAACUCAGAGGCCACAGCUUACAGAGGAAGCAACUGAUGUGCCAUCUACCGAUUACAGUUCUACCAACACCAUGACCACUACGACUGCUCUCAUCACCACCCGUCUGAUCCAGCCCAGCACCACCCCACAAACCCAAACAGAGCAGACUACCCUUGUUACCACUGGUAUCGUGCAGGUGCUCCAGACAACAACCUCCACAGCCCAGCGCCUGCCUACCUCACCUACUGGAGGACCACAGGCACCCAUUACAUCUAAUUCUGCUGACGUCACAACCUUGCACUUAGAAACCAGCACGGCCACGCCAGGGAACACCACUGCACAUGGCAGACAUGCAACAACGCCCUACAGCAAGAGCACCCCAGCCAGCAGCACUGUGGUAAUAACCACCAGGAAUCACACAGACAGAAGUACCACAGAGAUGGGAAUGAUGACCACACAGAUGCCUUCAAGGUCAACCCCAUCACCAGAUCAUGUAUGUGGGCCUAAUACCUGUGCCAAUGGAGGCCACUGUGAUAGAACAGCAGAGGGAAAUUACCGCUGUCAGUGUCUGUCUUCAUGGACAGGCCCCUCCUGCACUGAAGAUGUGGAUGAGUGUAUGAAUAAUCCGUGCCCACAGGGUUCAGUGUGUGUCAACACAGGUGGCUCUUUCAGCUGUGAAUGUUCCCUGGGCUUUGACCUAGAGGAUGGCCGCAGCUGUGCGCAAGUGAAGACAUAUUUGGGCACCUUCACCGUAAACAACUCUAUGCACCUCAAGAGUUCAGGUCUGCAUGAGCUCCACAAAGAGAUCCUACAGCUGCUCAGUGCCUCUCUAUCAAUUUUUCAUGGUUACAGACGCACAACUAUGGGUAAAAGAGAUGGAGAAGGUGUUCGGAUUUCAGUGGUGAACAUGUUUUCACUCUCUGCCAAUGUGACCAGCACUGAUGUCAAUAACAGCAUCCAGAUGUCCCUGAGCAACUGCAGUCGGACGUACUCACACUGCACCAUUAAGCUUCAGCACCAGCUCUCCUAUCACGUGGAGAGCCUGUGCUUGGCCCAGAAGACCAAGUGUGAUUUACAGUACUCUGUGUGCAUGGAUGCUACCGGGACCCCAUACUGCCAGUGCCACCCAGGGUACUUUAAAAAUAAUCCAGGGGACAUGACCUGCAGAGACUGUGGAGAUGGAUUCAAGCUUGUUAAUGGCAAAUGUGUUGAGUGCAUGUUUGGAUUUGGAGGUUUCAACUGCAACAAUUUCUAUAAGCUGAUAGCUGUGGUGGUCUCUCCAGCUGCGGGAGCUCUGCUGUUGAUUGUCAUCAUUGCUCUUAUAGUCACCUGCUGCAAAAAGGACAAAAAUGACAUCAACAAAAUCAUCUUCAAAAGUGGAGACCUUCAGAUGUCGCCCUAUGCAGAGUUUCCGAAGAGUAACCGUGUGUCCAUGGAGUGGGGCAGAGAGACCAUCGAGAUGCAGGAGAAUGGCAGCACCAAAAAUCUCCUGCAAAUGACAGACAUCUAUUACUCACCUGCAUUGAGAAACUCCGACCUGGAGCGCAAUGGGCUGUAUCCCUUCUCUGGCCUCCCCGGUUCAAGGCAUUCCUGCAUUUACCCAGCUCAGUGGAACCCUUCCUUCAUAAGUGAUGAUUCACGUCGAAGGGACUACUUCUGAUGGUCUUAUCCAGCAGGCCUGUAAUAAGCUCUCUCUGCGUGGUUGGACCCGAGCUGGAUACUGACCACUAAAGGCAUCUGAAUGUGAAAAUGAGCUGGCAGAAAAAGACAAUUAUCUGUGGGACUGGAAGAAAGCCACAGAGCUCUGUCGGGUCAGUUUUGCAUUUUCCAUGCCAUGCCUCAAUGAAACUUCAGAGCUGAGGAGUACAACAUGAAACGGUGAGAUUUCAUUGAUCUGUUCUUUUUAGCUCCCAGCUGAGUGAUUAUUCUUCAGUGGAAGUCUGUGAAUUUAGUCUAGAUUGAUGGAGAAUAACACAUGAGAUGCCUGAUCUACAGUAUAACUUUUACAUUAUAAAAGUUUGCACUAUAAACUCCUCACACAGAUCUUAUCUCAAACAGCAUAAGCCAUAAAUGUAUCAUAUUUAUACUUUGGAUACUGUGUUAAGUUUUGGAGUGUGUAAGGGGUAUCUGGAUGUCCAUUUGAGUACACUACCAGUGAAAAAUUUGGGCACACUCAUUCUUUAUAAUUACGAUUUCCCAUAAUAUAGAACAAUAGUAAUGUCAUCGAGACCAUGAAAUAACAUACAUGGAAGUAUGUGUGAAGUAUAGUUGUGCUUCUGCAAUGUAGCUGCCCAUUGCCUAGAUUACAGUUCUGCACACUUUGAGCAUUCUCUCAACCAACUUCAUUAUUUAUCCACCAGGGAUACUUUUUAAACAGUGUUGGCCCAUGUAUGAGGUGCACUUUUUAGCAUUCCAAAAUAAAUCCAUACUGUAGGUAGGCACUAUUCAUUUUUGUCUGCAAAACAAAGCUUGAUCAAGAGAAACAUUUCAGUCAAGUGUGUCCAAACUUUUGACUGGUUGUGUAUUUUCAUCAUGAAUGAAUGCUUUGGAGUGGGGUAGUUUUAACAGAAGAUAAGUGAAACAUUUGCUGGAGAUUUAAACCUAUGUAAAAGAUUGUGAAACGCAAUAUUAAUGGGAGCAGUGUUUAUGAGAAAUGUGUCACGUUUAAAUGUGUUUUUGUUCAUGUUUUGUUUUCAUGCCUUUUAUUUUGAAAUUAGUCAUGCUUCCUGUUCCUGUUUCAUGUCAUGUGGUUUCCUUGUCAGGUUUAUUAGUCCUGUCUUUUCAUUGAUUUAUGUUUAUGUGUCUUGUUAUCGUAUUAUCAGUUCUGUUUUAUUAUUGGUUCCUGUUUAUUACUCUUGUUAUCAUGUUCAUUAGUUUAGUCAUUGGUUGUCUAUGUCAUGUGGUUAUCCAUGUAUCUGAGCCCUCAUGUUUGCCAUUGUCUUUUGUCAAGUAUUGUGUUGGUUCACGUUUUUGGAUACCAGCACUUUGUAAAUAAAACUGCACUUUGGUUCUCACAUCGUCGUCCUCGUCCAUUCAGCUGUCCUGCCUGCUCUGUAACAUUACAGAGCAGGCAGGACAGGCUGAACACAGGAACGGAGGAGGAGGAUGAUGACGACGAUGAUGAUGAUGUGAGAACCCAAGUGCAGUUUUACUUACAAAGUGCUGGUAUCCAAAAACAUGAAUCCAAAGUGAAAACAAACAUAAAUUACUUGACUAACAGUAUGAAAACUGACACAACGUUACACCAACACAAUACUUGACAAAAGACAAUGGCAAA